AUGGAACCUCCCCAUAGCUUUAUUUGGCUAAUCAUACUUUUCGAUUUGCUUCUCAGAGUCGCUGGAAACUCAGAAGGUGAUGCUUUAACUGCGAUGAGAAACAGUUUAUCUGAUUCGAACAAUGUACUCAAAAGCUGGGAUAAUCAGAACAGUUUUACUCCAUGUACAUGGUUUCAUGUUACUUGCAAUCCUGAGAGCAGAGUUGUUCGUGUAAUGCAAAUCUCUUUGGACAACUCUCUGGACAACUCUCUGGACAAAUCUCUCAACUUCUAUACUUGCGGUACUUAGGUCGAUGACAUGGAGCUUUAUAGCAAUAACAUUACUCGAGGAAUACCUGAAGAGCUUGGAGACUUGAGGGAAUUGGUGAGCUUGGAUCUUUACAUGAACAAAAUAAGCGGUCAUAUCCCGUCGUCUCUAGGGAAACUCGAGAAACUCCGGUUCUUGUAUGGACUCCAUACUCUCCUUCUUCUUCCACAUCUCUAA